AAUUCAUAGUGUAAUUAUAAUUUGUUUGUUUCCUGCACCAGCAGCUAUCCCUUUCUGCGCCCUUUAGUUCCCCCUUUCCCGCCCCAUGGGUGUGGGGAGGCGAGUGUGUCCUCCGUCUGUUACGCACGGUGGCUUCUCGGCUGGAACCAGUUCAGCAGCUCCUGCUGACGCGCGGCCCACCGCCGGUUACCUGAGCAGGGAAGCCACGUGAGCGCCGCCACAUCAUCGAGGCUUUCCAUACUGAGAGCCACAGACAGGAGGAAACCGGGGAACGAGCGAAGUGGAGCCCCUUUCAAGGCGACGGGAGGGCGCGUGUCCCUUUAGGGCAGAGCUUGAGGCUCCGGGAGGGGUCGGGCGGAGACGGAGGUCCAGGAGAGCUUUCGGAGCCUCCUUUCCCUCGAGUUGCGAGUGGCUGGGCGAGCGCCCGGACCGGGCCUUCCCGCCCUCGAGCUCCUUCGCUUCAGCCCGCGCGCUCAGGGCCGCCAGGAUUCCCGCGCGCAGCUCCCCUCCCCGGCUCACUCAGGGGCCGCAGACGUCGGAAAGCUGAGGGCGGCGGCGGCGGCGGCGGGCUGGCGCUGUUGUUGACCUUGAGGCUCUGGCGGGGGAAGAUGCUGCAGUCGCUGGCGGGAAGCUCCUGCGUGAGGCUGGUGGAGAAGCACCGCUCCGCCUGGUGCUUCGCCUUGCUGGUGCUGGGCUACCUGCUCUACUUGGUCUUCGGCGCCGUGGUCUUCUCUUCGGUGGAGCUGCCUUACGAGGACCUGCUGCGCCAGGAGCUGCAUAAACUCAAGCGGCGUUUCGUGGAGGAGCACGAGUGCCUGUCGGAGCAGCAGCUCGAGAGCUUCUUGGCGCGCGUCCUGGAAGCCAGCAAUUACGGCGUGUCCGUCCUGAGCAACGCCUCCGGCAACUGGAACUGGGACUUCACCUCGGCCCUUUUCUUCGCCAGCACCGUGCUCUCCACCACCGGUUAUGGCCACACAGUGCCUUUGUCAGAUGGAGGAAAGGCUUUCUGCAUCAUCUAUUCUGUCAUUGGAAUCCCCUUCACACUGCUUUUCCUGACUGCAGUCGUACAACGCAUGAUAGUCUAUGUGACCAGGCGGCCUGUUCUAUAUUUCCACAUUCGUUGGGGUUUCUCAAAACAAAUCGUUGCCAUCAUCCAUGCUGUGACCUUGGGCUUUGUUAUGGUCUCCUGCUUUUUCUUUAUCCCGGCAGCGAUAUUUUCUGUCCUUGAAGAUGAUUGGAACUUCCUGGAAUCCUUUUACUUUUGCUUCAUUUCCUUGAGUACCAUUGGCCUUGGUGACUAUGUUCCAGGAGAAGGCUAUAACCAAAAAUUCAGAGAGCUGUAUAAAUUAGGAAUUACAUGUUACCUGUUGCUGGGUCUCAUUGCAAUGUUGGUGGUUCUUGAAACUUUCUGUGAACUUCAUGAACUCAAAAAAUUUAGGAAAAUGUUCUAUGUGAAAAAAGACAAAGAAGAGGACCAAGUGCAUAUAAUGGAACAUGACCAAUUGUCCUUCUCUUCAAUUUCUGACCAAGCAGCUUCCAUGAAGGAAGAUCAGAAAGUAAAUGAGCCUUUUGUGACUCCUCAGUCUAUGGUUAAUUGUGAUGGCUGUAUAAACAAUUAACAGAAGGUGUCUGUCCUAAUAUCAAUAGUGCAUUGAGCAUUCUUGCAGUUAGAACUAGUACCAUUAAUGAAACUAUAGAGGCAGGAAGGCUGUGCUAUAUUAUUAAGUAUCCAUCGUUUGACGAUGUCUUACAGUGUAAUGGCUAAAUAGAGUUUUCUUUAGCUGGAUCUACAUUCUGGGAAUGUUCACUGAAACAUAGUGUGCAGCUUGGGAGCCCUGAAUCCAUGGUGUACAUUUAGGAUGUAAAAUAGGUAGGGGUAGAUUUGAAAAAUAGCUCCAUUAUCAUUUCCCUUUCUCAGGGAUCCUCAGUCUUUAUGAAGUGGUGAAACAGAUUUGGAACUAAAGGGGUGCCAUCACCAAAAGGCUAUCAUGGGGGUGGGGGUGUACCCAUAUUUAAAAUGAUUGUUCUGAUGGGCACGAAACACCAGUUUCAUAGAAAGGCACACUGAUGGGACUAAACAUCUUGCCCAAGAAUUUGAAUACAAGACAGAGAUGGAGUGUAAUUUUCAAAAGAAACAAUCCUAUCUGUUGAAUCUCUAAUUCCCUUGUCAUCUUUUCUCCUUUGGCAUCAUUCUGCCAUAGGUCACUUAUUCUCCAACUUCACAGAGCAAACACAGGAUUCUGUUGAUUCUCAGUUCAAAUGUGUUCAUGCACAAGCUCUUUUUGGGCAGGGUUCCCAAUUCUGUGGAGCACUGUAAAUGUUACACUGUCUUUCAGAUCUUCCUCAUCAAUAUUGCGAGUUAGAGGCAAAACCCAAGCAUGUACCCCUGGUUUACCAUUAUAACUGAUUCCCUCCUGGGCAGUUACCUGAAGAGAGCUAUUCUGUAGCCCUAAUCGGGUAGUAUGCCUGAAACGGAAGACUAAAUGGCUAGUGAGCAUGGGCUUAUGUACAUAAGUCACUUCCCUGGGAGAAUGGCAGAAUAUAAAUAAAGUAAACAAAUAAGCCUCACUCCCAUGUCCGCAACCUAUCCAGAUGCCAGCAGGAUAUUUUUCUUGUUUAUAUGAAGUCUGAAAAGGAGUCUGUAACUGUGUUCAACUGAACAAGGUUACGAUGCUCCUAUGACCAGGAACUUUGAAAAGGUAGGGCUCCCAAUUAUAGGUGUGCUGUAAUUACUGAAAAUGCUUCCAGGCUCCUUUGUAGAUAUUUAUAUUAAACAAAAAGUUCUUGUAA